UCUGCUCGAAGUCCUCCUUGGCUCUUCCUCUCAUCUUUACUAUGAAGGCAGUCCUCAGCGCAUGUCUCCUUUUUGGCCUCUUUUCUCCAGUGGCACUGCUGCAAUGCUAUUUCUGUCCGGGAGGGUUGUGUGAUACACCAGAAAUUGUGAACUGCACUGAUGACCAAGAUGCCUGUGUUUCAGCUGUAUCUAAUGUCAAAAUAGCCGAAUCAUUCCCAGGAUCCCUCAUUCAUUUCAAGCGUUGUGGUAAAAGUGAACAUUGCUUGGACAAGCGAUUCAGCAUGCAUACAGGAGAGGGUGGGAGCUUUCGUUCCCGUCGUGAGUGUUGCAGCAGUGACGGGUGCAAUGGACCCCUUCUCACUUUGUCAGAGCCUGUGGAAGAUCUCCCAAAUGGGAUACUAUGCCCCUCCUGCUUUUCCUUCGAUUUCACUGAUUCCGAUGAGUGCUCGGGAGUGGAAAACAUGGUCUGUACUGGUGAGGAGACGAGAUGCGUUGAGGGAACCAUGGAGUUGAAAACAAAACAUCUAGAUGAUGCAAUGUAUAUAUAUUUCCAAGGUUGUGGAACACCAAGCAUGUGCACUAUUAAGUUUUCAGUGGCACCUAUCUCCUCUAAUGAAACGAAAUACACCAUGAAACGGCUUCGGUGCAAAAACGGCACUGAAGUUGUGACAGUGUAAAUGGGAGAGUCCAAAUCCCUCCCUUCUUUGGAGCCCACCAUUCUCGGGGACCAAGUGAUUUGCACAUGGGAAGGCUGACAUUCAGGAUCUCUGUAGUGGGUGGAGGUGCAGGGCACAAGUGGGGAGGGAGAGAAGACCUUGGGGUCUAGAGGCUGAAGCUUAUGUGCAGAAUAUAUUUCCACUGAAUCACAA